AUGUGGUGGAUAAUCAUACUCUUUUCACUUGAGUUGAUCUCAGCUGAAAGUGUUUCGGGAAUAUUUACUUCUAUCGCUUCCAUUGUCGCUAAUAAUGCCGACAGCUUACCCAUAACUCCCAGUUGGAAUAGUACUGUAGAGUGGGAAAUAAAAGGAAACUUACAACCAGGUGAUUCUUUCAAUUUGGAACUUCCAUGUGUAUUCAAAUUCACUACCGAUGCCAAAACCUUACCAUUAGUAGUGGGCGAUGAUAUUUAUGCUAACUGUGAGAUGUAUGGAGGCGAAUCUAUAGUCAACUACUCGGAGUUGAAAUGCGUAGCAACAUCGCUCGUGGGAGAUCUGACCGAUGCUUCGGGGUCAAUAACAUUUCCUUUUACAUUCAAUGUUGGAUUAUCAGGAAGUCCAGAUGAAUUAGUAUGCGCUAAUAAAUAUCAAGCUGGGGAUAAUGAAGUUGAGUUUCUUGACGGAGGAAACUCGUUGACGAAGACUGUGUCUUUUGAGCCUUUUGGUCCUUUAUUCAUCGGAAAAUCGACUGACGAAAUGUAUGCUGAUCACCGUUAUGUUCCCACUUUGAAUAAAGUUCAGAAUUAUAUUGUGGGUCAGACAUGUGAGGAUGGUAUUACUUCAGGAUCCAUAGGGUUUCAAUUUGAUGACGCCAGUUUAGAUUGUGACUCAAUUCAGGUGGGGAUUACCAAUAAGGUCAAUGAUUGGUUAUAUCCUACUGAUAUGGAAUCAAUCGAAUACACUGGAACCUGUUCUGUUGAUGGGUUGAUAAUUUCUUUCACCAACGUACCUGCUGGCUAUAGAGUGUUUAUGAAUGGUUUAGCUGGAUUUCACAGUACAACGGGUUCAUAUAUCGAUUAUGUGAGUUCAGCUCUUUGCGUUGGUUCUUCAGAGUUGAAAAUUAGGGAACCAAGCAUCCACUGGAGUCCUUAUGUAAAUGAUCCUGUAAUUGGGGACGGAGAGGCAGUUGUUGUGACCACGAAAACCUGGACUGGCUCCACAACUCAGGUCACAACACUUCCCUUCAAUACUUCCACUGAUUUCACAAAGACUAUUGAGGUGGAUGUUCCUAUCCCAACAGUUACAACCACCACUUCAUGGUCUGGGUCAUUCACUACAACCACUACUCAAACAGCAACUCCUGGAGAGACUGCAACCAUUAUUGUGGAAUUACCGAUAUUUUCGACCACUAUAACCAGUACUUGGACAGGCAAUGGAACUGUGACAUACACUGAACCGGUUGAAAGUCCUUAUGAUACAGUGACUGUAAUUGUGGAUGUGCCAAUUCCCACUACAACUGUCACUAGUACUUGGACUGGCGAAGGAACUUCAACAACUACGUUUACAGCUACACCUGGACAAACGGCAACAGUGGAGAUUGAUUUACCUAUUCCUACAACUACCACAACCGUCACUUGGACUGGCGAAGGUACUACUACAACUACGAUAACGGCUUCACCAGGAGAGACAGCUACUGUCGAAAUCGAUCUUCCAAUUCCUACCACAACCACAACCAGUACAUGGAGUCAGUCAUACUUCAGCACCACUACCAUAACCGCAACACCGGGAGAAACUGCUACCGUCGUCAUAGAGGUACCGUUCGUCGUGAGUUCGGAAGAACGGUAUUCACCUAGUUCAUCCUCUCAGACAUUGAUAGAAAGCUCAUCCGAGAGUUCGUCAACGUCAAGAGAAGGUGAUUCCAGUACAGUCAUCAGCUCCAGUGAGGAAUCUUCUUCCAGUGGAAUUGAUAGCUCCAGUGAGGUAAGUGGUUCAAGUGAGCUAAGUAGUUCAAGUGAGGUAAGUAGUUCCAGUGGAGUUAGAAGUUCCAGCGAGGUUACUAGUUCAAGUGAGGUAAGUAGUUCAAGCGAGGUAAGUAGUUCAAGCGAGGUAAGUAGUUCAAGCGAGGUAAGUAGUUCAAGCGAGGUAAGUAGUUCAAGUGGGGUGAGUAGUUCUAUGGAAGCUACAAGUUCUAUUGAAGCUACAGGUUCCAGUGAAGUUUUUAGUUCCAGUGGAGUUAGAAGUUCUAGCGAGGUUACUAGUUCCAGCGAGGUUACUAGUUCCAGCGAGGUUACUAGUUCCAGCGAGGUUACUAGUUCAAGUGAGGUUACUAAUUCUAGUGGGGUGAGUAGUUCCAGUGAAGUUACAAGUUCCAGUGAAGUUACAGGUUCCAGUGAAGUUAUUAGUUCUAGUGAGAAAAGUAGUUCAGUUGAAGUUACUAGUUCCAGUGAGACGGCUAAUUCCAGUGAGGGUACUAGUUCCAGUGAGAUUACAAGUUCCAGCGAGGUUACUAGUUCCAGUGAAGUUACAAGUACCCCGUUGGCAACAAGCGAGAUCACCCUGACAGCAAUUCUCAGUAGCAGCAUACCUGUCACUCUGUCUGACAUUUUUUCAUCGAGAGUCAGUGAAUUUCCGAUGAUUUCUGUUUCAUCACUCUUGGAUGUGCUGUCCAGUUUGUCUUCAAUUACCCCAAUCUACUACAACUCAUCAGAAAGCUCGAGUUACACACCAGAAAGUUCAUUGUCAUCAUUGUCAGCCAUAACUGUGGAAUCAACGAUUGCUACAAUCACUUCAGUUGUUCCAGGUGGAGACUGCUUAUGCGUUGAAUUGGAUACUUCAUCGUCAAUCAUGUCUGAUCAAACAUCCUCUGAACCUUUCAUAAGCUCGAUAGAAACCACCACUUCAUCGGAAGAUUUAAUUACCAGUAUGUCUUCAUAUUCCAGUCAGUUUACUAGCGUAAGCCUCCCAGCAUCGGAUGAAAGUCUCACUUCUUCAAGUGCUGUGGAUUUGACCAGUCAGGCCGAAACACCGCUGCCAAGCCAGACAGGAAGUACCCCCAAUGUUUCAGAAAGUACAAUGAGUACUAUAUUGCCUGGAUUAAAGUCAUCUGAAGAAUCGUGUAGUACAAUUCAAAGUUCUGAAAGAUCAGAGACAAAUAACCCCGUCUCUCAGUCAACAGAAAUAACAUCCGAAGAUUUUAUGGCUGGCAUAAUUUCAAGCCCCAUUUUUGAGACUCAUAAUAGUUCUGAUGUGGUGGUCAGCAUAACCCCAGACCCAAUUAUUUUUCCAACCGACUCGAGUUCAAUAUCAAACACUGCUCCUAAACCAACAUCCGAUCCAGUUGAAAAACAUGCUAUCACAGAUCCGGAGCCAUUGAGAUCCAUAGCGUCUGUAUCAGACGUUCCAAUUGUUUCUACCGCAUCCCUACUCUUGAGUCAAGAUACAGAGUCACUUGAGCCAUAUCUGGAUUCAAUUAUUGAAACGACAGAUGUUGCUCCCACAACUACUGGCACAGACACUGAAAUUUACACAACCGUCUAUUCAGCACGUCCUCCUAGUACAGAAGCCACCUCCGAACCGAAGCCAAAUUCUAAUACAGAGCCAAAUAUUGAACCAACAUCCGGAACAGAAGUAUUAUCUGACACUGAACCAACGCCUGAUUCAGAACCAACGACUACUUCCUAUCGGACAAUUUCAACCACAUCCUUAGCCCCGACCCCCACGUAUUUGGACCCUCCUCCAGUCUUCUUAGGAUCUUCUUCACUUUUAAAAGUUCCAAAAGUUUUUUUUAUUAUAGUUCUCAUUUCUUAUUUCAGUUAA